AUGGGGGGUGUCGAGCAACCAUGCUACACUCUCAUUAAUUUUCCCACCGACACCGAGCCUUAUAGUGAACAGCAACUGAAGGUAGACCUCGAAAAAGGUGAUAUAAAGAAGAAAAUUGAAGCUCUUAAGAAAACUAUCGGUAUCAUCCUAUCGGGAGAAAAAAUUCCGGGGCUGCUGAUGAUAAUCAUCAGGUUUGUGCUGCCGUUACAGGAUCACACCAUCAAGAAGCUGCUCCUCAUCUUUUGGGAGAUAGUCCCCAAGACCACACCCGACGGCAAGUUGUUGCAGGAAAUGAUAUUAGUGUGUGAUGCAUACAGAAAGGAUUUACAACACCCCAAUGAGUUCCUCCGUGGUUCCACAUUAAGGUUCCUGUGUAAGUUGAAGGAGCCCGAGCUUCUCGAGCCCCUGAUGCCAGCCAUCCGAGCCUGUCUGGAACACAGACAUUCAUAUGUCCGGAGGAAUGCUGUGCUUGCUAUAUUCACUAUCUACCGUAACUUCGAGUUCCUGAUCCCGGACGCGCCGGAGGUGAUCGGCUCGUUCCUUGAGUCGGAGCAGGACAUGUCUUGUAAGAGGAACGCGUUCCUGAUGCUGCUGCACGCGGACCAGGAGACCGCGCUGGCCUACCUCGCGCAGCGGCUUGACCAGGUGCACGGCUUCGGGGACAUACUGCAGCUCGUCAUAGUGGAGCUUAUAUACAAGGUGUGUCACGCCAACCCGUCGGAGCGGUCCCGCUUCAUCCGCACGGUGUACGGUCUGCUGAACGCGCCGAGCGCCGCCGUGCGCUACGAGGCGGCCGGCACGCUCGUCACGCUCUCCGCCGCUCCCGCCGCUAUCAAGGCGGCGGCCGCGUGCUACAUCGACCUGAUAGUGAAGGAGAGCGACAACAACGUGAAGCUGAUCGUCGUGGAGAAGCUGUCCGCGCUCAGGGACGUGAGCUGCGAGGCCAGCUCGCGCGCGCUGCCCGACCUGGCCAUGGACGUGCUGAGGGUGCUCGCCUCCUCGGACCUCGACGUGCGGCGACACACGCUGCAUCUGGCCCUGGAGCUAGCCACUCCUCGCCACGCGGACGAGCUGGUGGGUGCUCUAAGAAAAGAGGCGUCGCGGGCUCAGCUCGCGGACCACGAGGACGCGGCAAAGUACCGCCAGCUGCUGGUGCGGGCCAUGCACCGAGCGGCCAUUAAGUUCCCGGAGGUGGCGUGCUCGGUGUCCCCGGGUCUGUUGGAGCUUUUGGGGGAUGGCGGGGAGGUGGCCGCGCAGGACGUGCUCAUGUUCACGAGGCACGCGCUGCACGCCUUCCACGACCUCAAGCCCGUCAUAUACACGAAACUUCUGGAGAGUCUUGGCAGUAUCCGUGUUGGGAAGAUAGCGAGGGCCGCUCUGUGGCUGGUGGCUGAGUUCGCUGACAAUGAGGACAACGUGAAGGCGGCCAUUGAUGUGAUCGCGGCUGCGCUGCCAACACAGAAAGAUAAUGAGGAAGACGGUGAUAAAGACGGCGCGGAGGCUCCUCCAAAGGAAAAGGAGAAGGAGGCGCCCUCACGACAACUGGUCACUAGUGAUGGGGCGUACGUGACGCAGUCCGCCUUCAACCAGCCCAAGGCUCCUGUAACAGAAAGCGGUCCAGGUUUAAGCGCGGCGCUAGUUUCCGGGGAGAGUUUCACCGCAGCGUGUGCUUGUUCCGCGCUUGGAAAACUAGCGCUACGUGCUCCGGGCGAGCAAGGAGCGAGGGCAUUGGCUCUAGCUGGGACUCUACUAGCAGCGCAUGGCCGUGCCGUGCUAACAGCGGAUGAUUUAGAACACGGCGUGCGCUGUGUGCGCGCUGGAGCUGAAAGACCCGACGUGCUGAGUGAUGCGCUUACGUCUGGUUCACGGAAAGCGCUUGGAUCACUACUGACGCUGCCGCAUCGAUCCGCGCCCGCCCUACUGCCUGAGGGCUCCGCCGAGCGUCCCGAGGCGUCCUCCCGGCCCACGUCUGUCCCCAUCGAGCGCGGCAUAUCGUUCACGGCCCUGGCGCCGCUCGCCGCCGCUGGGAACAGAGACGUGUUCGAACUGGCCUUGGAUAGAGCGUUACAAGGUCGCACCAAGCCUUCCAGCGAGGAGGGCGGUCGUCUGUCCAAGGUGACUCAGCUGACCGGAUUCUCAGACCCGGUGUACGCGGAAGCAGUGGUGUCUGUCAAUCAGUACGAUAUAGUGUUGGACGUGUUUGUGGUCAACCAGACAGAUGACACUCUCCAGAACUGUACCGUUGAGUUGGCGACCCUGGGAGAGCUGCGUCUAGUGGAGAGGCCGGCGGGGAUCGUGCUGGGGCCGCGGGACUACGCUUCUAUCAGGGCGCACGUGAAGGUCGCCUCUACUGAGAACGGAAUCAUCUUCGGAAAUAUCGUGUACGAGGUGUCGGGCGCGUCAAUGGACCGCGGCGUAGUAGUGCUCAACGACAUCCAUAUAGACAUAGUGGACUACAUACAGCCCGCCGCGUGCAGCGACGCAGACUUCCGGACUAUGUGGGCCGAGUUCGAAUGGGAGAACAAGGUGUCCGUAAAUACAAACAUCACGGAGCUGAAUGAAUACCUAGAGCACUUGCUGGCGUCCACCAACAUGAAGUGUCUCACUCCCGAUAAGGCCCUGUCCGGUCAGUGCGGCUUCAUGGCAGCCAACCUGUACGCUCGCUCCAUAUUCGGCGAGGACGCGCUCGCCAACCUCAGCAUCGAGAUACCCAUGAACAAACAGAACGCUCCCGUCGUGGGCCACGUAAGGAUACGAGCAAAGACGCAGGGCAUGGCUUUGAGUCUCGGCGACAAGAUCAACAUGAUGCAGAAGACUCGCCCCAAGAAGAACAAGGACCCGACGCCGGCCGCCUAA